CUGCAGUCUCUGGUCAUCCCUGUACUGUGUCUGCAGUCUCUGGUCAUCCCUGUACUGUGUCUGCAGUCUCUGGUCAUCCCUGUACUGUGUCUGCAGUCUCUGGUCAUCCCUGUACUGUGUCCGCAGUCUCUGGUCAUCCCUGUACUGUGUCCGCAGUCUCUGGUCAUCCCUGUACUGUGUCUGCAGUCUCUGGUCAUCCCUGUACUGUGUCUGCAGUCUCUGGUCAUCCCUGUACUGUGUCCGCAGUCUCUGGUCAUCCCUGUACUGUGUCCGCAGUCUCUGGUUUUUUUUUUUUUU